AUGAUCAAGUGGUCUGAUACUCUGGGGGAAACAAUACUUGAUAUAUCUGUCACCGUUACUCCUGACCCAGACUACCAGCUCCCACCUUAUACCUUGGUUCUGUUCUCAGAAGAUGAACUCAAGCGAUUCACAAACAACUACGCACUAGAUCAUUCGCUUGGUAUUGGCCAGUUUGGAGUUGUUUUUUCCGGACAUACGGGGGAGCAGGAGAUUGUAGUGAAAAUGUCUUUCAACGGGAUGCUACUAAAAGUCUGGCAGGAAGAGAUUGAAUCUUUGCCGGCAAUCGGACACCACAAAAAUUUAAUUCAGUUGCUCGGUUAUUCGUUGUCUGAAGGCAUCAUUGAGGGGAAGUUGGACUCCUUCGACGAAUCGUUGUAUCUUGUCUACCCGCGCUAUGCAAGAUCUCUUAGUGAUAUUCUAAAAUCUGGGGAGUAUGGGUUGUCUGAAAUUAUUAAAAUCGUCAAAGGGGUUGCUCUGGGCUUGGCUCACAUGCAUUCAGGAGGAUGGAUUCACUGCGACCUAAAGCCUGACAAUAUUGUUCUAGAUGAGCAUCACGAAGCUGUCAUUAUUGAUUUUGGCAAUAUGGUGAGAAUCGGAAGGCAUCACUUUGGCACUUUUUGUUACCAUGAUGUUUACACAGCAAGUUCGGCGAGCCCACUCUCUGACUUGCACAGUCUGGGUGUGAUCAUGCUACAACUGAUUAUGAAGAGAAUGUUCCCGAAUAACUUGAGGGAUGAAGUUGCUGAAGAUUUUAAUCUAAGGAAACACGUACACACUGACAUAGGCAAGGAUCGUAAGUCCAAAAGAGUCGGUGCCCAUCUCAUUUCUUUGGCAUUGGAUUGUAGCAAUGGUCUCCUUAUUAAGAGACCAGCUAGUGUGAGACAUUUUAUUGAUAAAUUUGAGGAAGUCGUAGCUCGAGUGUUAUCAACUUUUUUGAGGCCAGUCCACACGGAGUAUUUGCUCCAGCUUCAAAUGGGCCCCCUGCAAGUGGACUAUGGGUUUAUGAUCGCCUAG